AUGCCCUGGCGGCCGCUGCCUCGCAUCGCCUUUGCUGUGGCCAUAUACCCUUUCAACCCGUCUUCCCCCGCAGACCUACCAUUGGAGCUUGGCGAUGAGCUCUACAUAAUUGAACAAGGAGGGACGGACGGUGAGUGGUGCCGAGGCUAUCUGGUCGCGCCACCGUCGUUGUUGGCCGGCUUGACAAGCACCAAGGGCCAGACUCUCGAAGCUCGCGUGUUCUCGGGUAUCUUCCCGCGAAACUGCGUUGAGAUUAGAGAGGUGCUGGGCGACAGCGAUGGAUAUAAAGCACUACUAAAUGCUGAUCGGAAAAGCAUUGAUCGACUGACCUUGUCCGGCUGGGAUGGAGAAUUCCUGUCCCGAAAUAGUCUGGCUUAUUCCGUCAAUGACUUCCAGGGUGCUGGCGAGGUGUCUGAUGUUGUCUUUGCGAAAAAGGGGAAGCCUUCCCAGAUCGUUAUUCACAAGACCGAUGGCUCAGACCAGGCAAGUCCGCGAUGGCGAACGGGCUCGAUCCCGCAUACACCUGUCUCCUUUGCUCCUCGCGACCCUGACGCGCCCAAACCUGCUGCCCCGGUCCCCAUGCUUAAGAUCGGUGAUGAAACUCCGACUUCUCUCACAGAGCCACUAGUCGAUGAGAUCGCAUCGUGUCUGCGCGAAUGGCAUUCGACUAAUUUGCAUGAAUUGCUUUUGGAACGUCGGUAUGAUGUGUUGGAGGAAAUGUCAAACAUUGUACAAGAGCUGGACUUUGCGAGACGACAAUUACUACACAACGUUCUGACUGGAAAGGAGAAGGAAGCAUUGCGGGACGAGACAGUCUGGAAACUUGUCAAGGCAAACAAAAUGCUUAGCGGGGACGUGAUUGUUCGCGAUCCGGAGCAGAGAGGUCGUUUGCUAACGGGUGACGACUCUGCUAUCCAAUUGGCAAAGCUGCAGUCCGAGAUGAGUAUGCUCGACUCAAGUCCCACCCAGGCAUCCGAUGCUACAGCCCUUCAUCAUUUGCUGCUGGAAAUCAACGCGGUAUCAGGGAAUGCGCCGGGCCAAGUGACCAUUGGAAUCCAGCUGUUUUCCCGAUCGGAUGCUGGUUCACUCAGCCCAUUAUCUGAGACCUUUAGCUUAGAUAUUCCGUCUCCUGAUAAGUUCGUCAACAUGAGUCAAAGCAGUAAGCUGAAGACACUGUUCACCGAAUUGGCCGCAACAGACAUCGGAGAUGGGUCCGCGAAUGGGCGGCAGCUCUAUCUAGUCGCUUGGGUUCGUGCUCCAGAGACGCGGUCCACAGCCGAUACCACUCCCGUGUCGAGGUCAUCAGUCUCACGAGAAAGUCCGACCCCAACCAAGGCCACGGCAAACGGGGGCAUUCAACCCUCGGCCAAGGGAAGUUUGAGAACGCGGCGCAGCAUGAUGUGGACGCCCAAGCAACGCGGACCGAGCUUUGAUCAGCCAUCUAAGCCCACUAGUCAAGGAAUUCCACGAACAUCGAGCAGUGCGUCCAGCGUCAAAGAGGCAACCACCCCUCAACCCGCCCCAACAAAGGAGGUCUCGGCGAUUCGCACUGUUGGCGUUGGGAUCUUGGAGGUCUCGCCGAUUCUCCGACAGGAAAAGGACGCUGAGCAGGUGAUCAAUAUUUGGUCACCCCGUCGAGACGGCGAAGACGGCGAGGGGCUGACGGAUGGCUUUGACAAGUUGAUCCGGGCCUUGCUUCCUAGUCCCACCGGCCGGUAUGUGCGUGCUGACCCUGCGGCACGUUUACACCUCCAUCUACGCCCCUUUGCCAGUUGCGACGCCGAGUUCCUGAUCCGUCAGAAUCCUACUAUAUUGCACGAUGUCGUCCAGACACAGCGCAUUGGAUUCUCCAAGGCUCCGACGAAGCCAAGAUCCGAUAUCUACGUGACGCUCUCUCAAGCCGUGUUUCCCACAGAUGCUCUCCUGUCUCACCCGCAGGCUGGUCAAAUUCCUUUGCAGGCGACGAGCGGACUCCAUAAUCUUCAACUUACUCUCGAGGUGCGUGAUGCUAAAGGGGCUCGGAUAGACAAAUGUGUCUUCCCUUCGUCAUCCAAUACUUCGAACACCGCAUGGCGCACUACAAUCGCCCAGCGGGGCACGCCUUGGAACCAGACCAUUCGCCUCAAGAUCCCCACAGAACAAAUCCCUGGCUCGCACAUGGUGAUGAGUGUUGCAGAUGCACCAGAAUUUCCCUUUGCUCUUGCCUGGAUGCCCCUUUGGGACCAACAGGCUUUCAUUAGAGAUGGGCGUCAUUCUCUGCUUUUGCAUGCUUAUGACAAGCAGACAUCUAGCAUUGAGAAUGGAAAGGGUGCUUAUCUGAGCCUCCCAUGGAGCGCGCUCGGCAAGAAUGAAUCCGCCAAAGAUGAAGCUGUGACGGGUCCAUUGGCCACUUUGCAUCUCGAAACCCAUCUUUGCAGCACAGAGUACUCCCAGGAUCAAGUCAUUCUGAGUCUUCUCAACUGGCGAGAGCGCCCCGUGGACGAGGUCUUGGAUACCCUGAAGCGUCUACUCUUUGUUCCCGAAAUCGAGAUUGUCAAACAACUCAAUGGUGUCUUUGAUGCGCUCUUCGGAAUCCUGGUCGAGAAUGCUGGCAACGAAGAAUACGAAAACCUGAUCUUCAACGACUUGGUCACUGUUCUGGGAAUUGUUCAUGAUCGACGAUACAACCUAGGCCCGCUGGUCGACCGCUACACCGAUGAGCAGUUCAGCUUCCCAUUCGUCACCCCAUGCCUCAUUCGAAGCUACCUGCGCCUCUUGAAUGCAGCGACCGACGGUACACAAUCUCGCAAUCUUCGCGCAGCCUUCAAGGUGGGACGUCAUCUGUUGAAGUUCAUCAUCAAGGCCCGCGAGCAGCAAAAAGCCAAGGAGGAAGGUAUUGGCAUUACCACGGUGCAAUCCACCUUCAACAGAGACAUGCAUACCAUUUUCAAGUCUAUGGAGACUUUGAUGAAAAACUCCUCGCCAGCUUUGGUGGGCAGCAAAACACUGGUGGUUCAACAUUUCCAUACGUGGCUACCUGAACUCUCCAAUGUCCUGAGCAAAGACGAAAUGAUUAUGAUCGCUCUGAGUUUCAUGGAUUCAUGCAAGGAUGUCACCGGCAUGUUGAUCCUCUAUAAGCUUGUUCUUAUCCAGAACUAUACCAUAUUUGAGCUUUUCGCCUCUGGCGAUGAUAGACGAACCUUGAUCUCCAGCUGUAUUGGCUGGUUGGCUCCAUACUGGGGUUCCACCUCGGGCGUCUCGGAUUUGUAUCGUGAUCAGGUGCGACUGAGCAGCUCAAUCGUGGCUCAAUUGCUCGGCCAGUCUGACCCUCAGCUUUAUGGGUUCAUGCCAAGCAUAGUCGCCUCUUUCUGUGCUAUCUCCACUGAGGGAGUUGAUGAGACGGAAUAUCUGUCUUUGCUUUUCAGCAAGGCGUUCCCCUUCCAGAUGAAGACCGCCAGGAUUCCUCAAAGAUUCGAUGAGUCUUUGGUCGAACUGUCUGCGCUCAUGGCUGCCAUUGCCAAGAUCCCGUCUCCCAAGCUUCCCAACUUGAAAGAAUUGGAGCUUGCACUAUUUGUUGCUCAGACCCUUGAGGCCCACAACUCUAUCCUUGACUGCGAGGCUUAUCCCGAGACCUGGUUCAGUAUUCAUGUGUACAACCACCGCGCGACUAUCAAAAGUCUUGAACAUAUUGCGGUAUUGCUCAUUGAUAAUCUCCUUCCGGCACCGGAUGAUGCAGACACAUUCGAUACCAAGCUGUGGGAGUCAUUUUUCAUGACUCUGUUGAAGGUGAUUUCUAGCGAUGUCCUUGCACUCGAGACCUUCCCCGAGCAGAAGCGCCGCGCUGUCUGGAAGAUCGCCGGCGAUGUGCGCGAGCAAGGUGCGGACUUGUUGCAGUCUACUUGGGAAGCCAUUGGAUGGGAGACCACGGACGACGAGAGGGAGCGUUUCAAUUUGAAAAAGCUGGGCGGUUAUCAGGUCCAGUAUGUUCCCGGUCUGGUUCCUCCCAUCAUUGGUCUGUGUCUCAGUGUGCACGAAGGGCUGCGACAUGUUGCUGUUCAGAUACUGCAGACGAUGAUUCUAAGUGAAUGGGAUCUGAACCAGGAUAUCUCCAUUAUUGAAACAGAGAUCAUCUCUAGUCUGGAUGCCUUAUUCAAGUCCAAGCAGAUGAAUGAGAGCGUUAGCCAGAAGAUUUUCAUCGGCGAGCUGUUGGAUCUGUUCGAGAGUGAGACUAUAUCCGAUGAUCUAUUGUCGAAUGCUGUCAAGAGUCUUGUCGGGACGGUCGAUGAACUCUUGGAUCUCUUGGUGGCUUCUCAGGGCGGCGCCUCACUCCAGAGUCUGCACGCUCUGAAACUAAUGGAAUAUAUGAAGGACAUGGGUCGCGAGGAUAUCUUCAUUCGUUACGUUCAUGAACUUGCCGAGGCUCAGGCUGCAGCAGGCAACUUCACUGAAGCAGGUCUUGCCCUUCAGUUCCAUGCCGACCUCUACGAAUGGGAUCUCACCAAGCCUCUGCCGGAGCUGCUCAAACCCGCAUUCCCACCUCAAAAUGCUUUCGAACGCAGAGAGGCUUUGUACUUCUCCAUUAUCCAGCACUUUGAAAAUGCCAUGGCCUGGGGCCCCGCGUUAACUUGCUACAAGGAGCUCGCAGUACACUACGAGCACACGACAAUGGAUUUCGCCAAGCUCUCCCGAGCCCAAAGCUCCAUGGCUCGAAUUUACGAUCUCAUUGCCAAGGGCGGCAAACAAUUCCCGCGUUACUUCCGUAUGGUCUACAAGGGUCUCGGGUUUCCUCCCGGCCUGCGCGAUAAGGAGUUCAUCUUCGAGGCGUCCCCGAUGGAACGCAUGGCGUCUUUCGUGGAUCGCAUGCAACGGGAACACCCUACUGCGCAGGUCAUGUCUACUAGCGAGAUUCCUGACUACGAAGGCCAGUUCCUUCAGAUCAGCGCCGUCAGCGCAUACCGUGAUGUGUCUCAUCCUGUCUAUCAGCGCCCCAAGGUUCCGUCCUCUGUCCGCGAGCACAUGCUGAUCUCGGAUCCGUCUCGUUUCUCUGCCACAUCGCGACGACACACGAGCAGCUCCGAUGUCCGGGAGCAAUUCGUUGAAAAGCUCGUUUUCACUGCCUCGGAAGCGUUCCCGAAUAUCCUCCGUCGUAGUGAGAUUGUUUCUGCUCAGGAGGUUGCUCUGUCGCCUCUGCAGACUGCCAUUGAGCGCACGUGGCGCAAGACACAGGAGCUUCAGCUUAUUGGCCGCCGUGCUGCGUCGGGUGAGGAUUCUAGUCUAUCUAAUCUGACUGAAGCCCUGGAAUCACUGCUUGAGCACAGAUCGUCAACCUCUAAUUGUGUGGCAUCGUACCGUGUAUUCCUAGCCGAUGCGGAGAUGGCAAGGAACAAGCUACUUGAGGAAGUUGAUGAAGACGGUGAACAGGUACAAGCAACACAGCAGCCUGUGGACCCAAUGGAGACUGCGCUCUCCGUUGCACUCGUCGACCACGCUUUGGCUAUCAAACACGCACUGUCUCUUUACCAGCGUCCAGCUCAGCAAGCUACGCAAGCCGAACUGCUUCGACGCUUUGAAGAUGUCUUCGAGCCCGAGCUAAGUUCUCUCGUCCCAGCUCCGCUAGAAUACUCCUCACCUACACCCACACAAACAGCGCGGCAAUCCCCCUCCUUGAGCGACAACCGCCGAAUGCCACCUAUCCAUCGAAUUGUCAGUCCGGAACAAGACCUAAACCGCGCAACCCGAGGCAAUGCCCACACGCGCAAGCGCUCUGACAGACAAUCCGUCAGUCACCGGAUCAGCAUAAUCAACCCCUUCAAGCGAUCCCACGGCGCCACCAACUCCAUCUUCACCAUCCAGCAAUCCGACAGCAAGGGCCAAAUAGUGGGUGAACAAGACGAAAACAUCGACGACGACACGGCCACGAUCCACAGCCGCACAACCAGCCACUCACGCGGCGGCCGAAGCGAGAAACGCCGCAGCUUCUUCGGCGGUGACAAGACAUACAAGCACGGCUCUACGCCGUCCGUCGCCCAUGAAUCCCAGACCUCGUUGAGCACGCACAAUGUCACCCGCGACACGGCGGCACGCUCCCACGACGGCCGCAGUCGCGCCGGCUCCCAGCACCGCGGCCCUACUGCCACCGGUGCAGCCACGGACCGGGCUGCGCCCGCCUCUAGUGGUGGCUGGUCGACGCUCCCGUCCACGCGCGAUUAUUCGCGGCCUGUCACACGCGACAGUAAUGCGGUGACUCUGACGACUACAAAUGGCACGGCCCCGUUGUCACCCGUGCUCAAUAAUAGUAAUAGCGGGAUGCGGGACUCGGUGUUCCGUCGUUUCAGUAUGCUCAAGGGUGUUGGACGCAAGAGCAGUCGGAUGGAUUUUAAAGCUAACGGUGCGCUGCCGGAGGAGUAA